AUGCCAAAAAAGCCAGUUGUUGAAAACGAUAGACUGAUUCGAGCAAUUGUGGAUAAGAAACAUGUAUUUGACAGUUGCUCUAAAACGAUAUUGGGACCUUCACAUCAAUGUUGGAAAGAAAUAGCAGCAGAUCUUGAUAAUUUGGUAUCAUAUAAAUACAUUUACACAGUAGUAAAAGGAAACCGAUUUAAUAUACUAAAUAAACUGAUGAUAGAUGAUGAAAAUGUCAAUAGUACUAAUGAGGUUCAAGUAAAUUUUACUCCAGUUCUAUCAAGCGAUUCAAAGUCUGAGAGCUGGGAAGAUGAACAAAUGAAAUUUACUAUUACAUUGUCUUCUGAUGAGUGGAAUAAAAUUUACAAAGAAGAAAGGUAUUUGUAUAAAAGAAGUGACCGAGAAAACUCAUUUCGAGCUUAUGAUGUAUUAACUUCAAAUGAAUGGAGUCCAUUGAUUCAUGAACAUUUUUUUGACCACACAAAAAAAGCAUGCCCAAUAGUAUAUAAAACAGCAAAAAUAUGUCCGACAGGAUAUAUUUUUUUAAAUAUUAAGGGUCAUUGUUCAGUGUGCAGUAGUACAUUCAAUGGUAUAGUUCAGAAUCUACCAGAACCAAAUACAAGAGUUUUGAUUCAGUGUACAUAUAGUGGUAAUUUUCCAAGUUGUAGAAGUAGAAAGAAAAGAAGACUCAUAGGACAAAAUAGAGAUGAAUUUUUAGAAAAAAUAUAUGAGCAAAAUAUGUCAGCUUCGUACAGCCAAAAACUAGAAGCAAAUAGAAUAAUGGAAUAUGGUGAUCAAGAGCCUGCCCACAUACCAACAUUGAAUGCUCUAAGGGUCAUGAAGUAUAAAGUUCUUCAAAAAAGUCAUAUUCAUCAAGAUUUAAUUACAGCUUUAUCUUUGAUUAAGGGCACAGUACCUUAUGAUAAAAUAAUUCAUGAUAUGGGUUACGACCGUUUCUUUUUACAUUAUUGGACAUCAACUGAAAUAAAUACCUACAGAGUAUAUACAAAACAAAAUAAAAUACCAAGAAUAACAAUAGAUGCUACAGGAGGAUUGGUAAGAAAAGUAAAAUUGUUGACAGGAAGAGAAACUGGAUCCAUAUUUUUAUAUGAAAUUGGCAUAAUGGAUUACAAAAACAAAUGCCAGUUUACUGCAGCCCAUAUGCUAUCAGAAAGACAUGAUUCUAACAGUAUCAGUUAUUGGCUGACAGAGUGGUUAAGGAGCAAUAUUGUUCCACCAAAAAUUGUUGUGACAGAUCAGUCAUUAGCAUUAAUGAUGGCAGUGGCUAAGGCAUUUACUCAAUAUUCUACUUUAACAAAAUACAUUUCAGUAUGUUCUUCAUUGAUAUUAGAACAGUCUACUGAAGUACCAUCUUGCAUGAUACGAAACGAUUUCAACCACAUUAUGCAUUUAAUAAGUACAUGGCCAGAAAUUAAGACGUCAACUUAUCGAGUGAAAAAUUUAUACAUGCGUUCAAUUGGACUAAUUAUAAAAAGCAGAGAUUUUGAAGAAGUGAAAGAGCUAUUGAAAUGUAUUUUCAUUGUAUCCCUGAAUGAGGAAGAUGGGUUUGAUUUAGAUAAAGCACCAACACAAUGUGAGAAUGCAAAAAACUAUCUCAAACACAGAAUUUCAGAUAAUAUUACUAUGGCAGCAGACUGCAUAGAUGAAACAAAUCCACUACUAGAUGAAUUAGUUGACAUUAGUUAUGAUAAUAUAUUAGAAGAAGACGGCACUACCAAUAUAUUUAAUGUUAUAAAAAAUAUUUAUGAGUCUUGUUUAGAAGAUUCGCUCAAGACAAAUAAAGGAAGUCACGACAAUAUGCAAUACAGUCCAAAUAUUGCAAAAAAACUAUUGCAUUUUUGUAAGCUCUUACCAACAUGGUCAGCGAUAAUGACACCAUAUUUUGGAUAUGGCAAUUCCACAGAGUCGAGUUCAACAUCAGAGAGUUUAUUUAAUGAAUUAAAAAACAGAGUUUUCAAACAUAAGACUUUACCAAUUCGGCUAGAUGAAUUUGUUCAAAAUCAUGUAAGUUUUAUUAUGGGUUCAAUGAAACUCAUAAAAGGAAAACCUGAGUAUAAUAAUAGUGAAGAUGACCAAAGUGAAAAAGAGGAAAAGAAGGAACACAAAAAAGAACACAGUGGCAACAGUAUCGGUCAACACCAUACAUAUGACAAUAUAAAUGAAGUAGAAAACUGGAGAGGUCAAGGAAAGCCAGCAAAGUAUAUGAAACAUAAUUAUUCAACUCCAGAUAGAAGUAUUCUGUUCUACAAUGAUAACAGUAAAACCCAAAGUCCAAUAAUUGGUAUAUUAAGAAAUGGAAAUAUUCAAGACUUAAAAAGUAUUGUGGUUGAUGGGACAAAUUACUCUUUGACAAAUACCUGUACGUUUGAUAGCAUAUUUCAAAUUCUAUGUUCAUCCUAUAGAGAUAGCGUGAAAUAUGCACAAUUUAUCGACUUAAAUAUAUCCAAAACACUUUAUAUCUUAGUAGCUAACGCUUUAAGAGAUGGAAUUAAUGUGCAGACCUAUAAGAAGAGAGCAAAUAUAUUAACAAGUAUAUUUUUAAAAGUAAAGGAAAACACUAAAUUAAGACAAUUACCUGGAGGGCUUAUACAUUUAGAUUGUGCUAGUACAGCUAAUUUCUUGAUACAAAAUCUAUUUAACGAAUUCCCAUCUUUCAAGGAGCAUAUUACAUGUAAUAAUUGUAAUUUUGAAAAAAUAUAUGAAGGAAAAUCCAUAAUAGCAAAUUUACCGACGGAUACUAUAGAUUUUCUUCAGGACGUAUUAAACAGCAGAUUUACAAAUUAUACAUCAAUGUGUGAAAUGUGUGAAUCAUCUAAAACAGAAAUUGAUUUUACUUUAGGAAAUCAUAUUUUUAUAGAAAUAUGUGCACCAAGUUCGGAACGUCAACGAAAAGUUCAAAACUUUGACCUCCCAUUGACAUUAUCAACUCUUCCACAAAAAAUUACAAUUUCUAAUAAAAGCUAUACUCUCAGAGGUGUUAUCAGCUUCAUAGCACCAAUUUCCAAAGGCAAGGAAGCUAUUGGGCAUUAUGUAUCUUAUUGCUGGUGCGAAAUGAACAACUCGUGGAAUAGAUAUGAUGACUUACAGCGUACCCCUAGAACAGUAAGACAUACAACUAUUGCAGUUGGUUGUCAAUUUAUAGUAUACACAAUUUAA